AAGCAUGAGUCCUUGAUUGAGGAAACAAAAGUUUCGCAAGUUGUUGGUAGCUAUCACAAGAGAGCAGUAAACGCGAUUGCUACACACAGUUUCGCCCUCGAUUACAUUCGCUAGAGCGACGACGUAGAGAGCAGCAUUUGUCGUGACAGGCGGGGAAUAAAAAAGUGCGCCAGUAAGAUGGUCCUGUGAAGAAGAGCGGAUGAUGUAAGAACACGAUUUUUUUUUGUGCACCAGUACUAUGCUUAUGCAGCCCACCGGCUCUUCGUCGUUUUUUUCUCGCGUGGUAGCGAAGGUCGAGGGCGGUAUAGAGCACUUGUAUUCUCGACUGACUGGACGUCCCACGCAGACCCCCGUGACUGUGAUCCGACACAAAAACACCGUAGCGCACACCAGCACCACUCCCGGUAAGCACAGCGCAGCUGGUGCAGCGCACCAUACUACCUCCUCGAGCACGUCUUGCACCACGUCCACUAGUAGUGAGUUCGAAGAAAUCGAAAACUUGAGCACUACCGGUCGCUUUUUCUCGAAGGACAGUGCAGCUACCUCCUCAGAUAUGCUCUCCAUGCGCACCGCGGAGAGUUUGUGAAGAAGCUUUUUUUUACCCGCGAAGUACGAGCAGCAAAGAUCUUCCAGAGGGAGCAGGAACCACGCGUGAGGUGAUUCUGUAGUCAAGAUCUUCAUCUUCGCUACAAGAAAAGCCAAUUGAAAGGAGGUUCUACGAUGUCGGGCGCAGGAGCUGCUGCAGCCCGCGUUGGGUUCGACCAAGCGGGCAAGUCGCUGUACCGGCGGAUACUGCGACUGCACAGAAAUUUGCCGCACCCGAUGAUGCGGGCGAUCGGAGAUGUCUACGUAAAGAAGGAGUUCCGAAUCCACUGCGGCCCACCGUCGAUGCAGACGAACCCCGUCCUGCCGGAGCAAUUCAAGGACUUUUUACGCAAGUGGAACCAGUACGCCGAUCAGAUUGCCGAGGGCCAGGUGGGCAAGCAGAUUUCGCGACAGCAAAAGCAGACCAUGACCGCGGAGCAGCAACUCAAACUUCGGGAGCUGCGCGAAGCUAUCCGGGGCGGAGGUCCCCUACCUGGGUUCGGACCGCCUCCGGGCGGCGGUGGCGGGGGAAGCGGGUAAUUGGCGAAGUGACGAAAUGGAGGCGCAGGGGAUCGUGCGGAGCAGAGAAACAAGACGUAGCGUCGCCCUGUCGUCGUGUAUAGUCUGUACUUGUAGCUUAACUUCAGGCCGCUGCAGCAAGCUUCGGUGUUUGCCAUUUUCUAGGGGACGGACAAAACGAAAACAGCGUCAACGUAUGUGAUGUCCAUGCAUCAUUUUCCGUUCGCCUUAGCAUACUUGUGUGUAGUUUCAUUUGCGUGAGAAGUCAUCCGUUUACCGUUCGGGGCCUUGCUUGAAUCAAUUUAAAAAGCAAUGAACGUGAAGAGUCACGAGAUAGCUACAACACGCGGCGACCAUGAUUUUUUUACAUGAAACCUACUAUAUCGUGAAUCUUGGUGAAGACUCCCUGCGGCCUCCGCUGACUACCCCUGUAUGCACUCAGAACAG